AUGGACCUUGCUACCUCCGCUCGUUCCAUUGCGAUCUCUCUGUCGGGUUCGAUCUCGAUCUUCGAGAAGGCCUCGGUUCGCCAUGGGGGAGUGGGGUUGGAUCGAUCAUUUCCAGUUCGUGUAAUCCAACUACUCUUGCAAAGCAGCGGCCUAUCAGCAAAUAAUACCAUUAGAGAGCUUGAGAGCAAUCCAGAUACUCUGGCCCUUGCGAACCGUCUAGAUGGACUACCAUUGGCCAUUGUCAUCGCCGGGGCCUUAAUGCGUGAAACUGGAACCAGCAUUACUGAGUACUACAGUAUUACCAAGAAUCUUGGUCCGACCUACAGCUACAAUCGAAUCCUGGACAAGAGGGACCCGAACGCAGAGAGCUUCUACAGCUACUUGCUCACUGAUAAUCGAGAUAUCUGGUACGAACUAGUAAGGAGUGGUUGUCACAGCUCAAAUGUCCCUGCUUGGCUUAAAAAGACCGUUUCGAGCGAACUCACAUUCAAAAUCGGUGUAAAGACUCUUAUCGGAUUCUCUCUUCUUGAAGCUAAGGAACAAGCGGGAAGCUAUGCGAUGCACCCAGUGGUACAAGACUGGUGUAUCCACCUUGCCAAAACAGACAAAAAUGUGGAUUCCAUCCAGCUGGAUGGACUGGCACUGAUAUCUGUUGGAUACAUUGUCCCUAGUUCAAAGGAGAGGAAUUAUUCCGCCCUUCAGCAACGACUUCUUCCACACGCGAAUUAUGUACGUCAUAGGAGUUGGUCAGGCGACAAUAUUGCGAUAUCGGGAGCAUUUCUUGGUUUAGGGGAUCUCUACUCCGAUCAGGGCGAGCUAAAAGAGGCAGGGAAGAUGUACUGGCGAGCAUUGGCGGGUAGGGAGGCGGCCCUAGGUCCAGAUAAUGCUGCCACGCUUGACACAGUCCACGGCCUAGGGUAUCUCUACAGAUACCAGGGAAAGCUGAAGGAGGCUGAGGAGAUGUACCAGCGAGCACUGGCAGGCUACGAAAGGGCCCUGGGCCCAGAUCAUCCAUCCACCCUCAACACAGCUAACAACCUUGGUCUUUUCUACUCCGAUCAGGGGAAGCUUAAGGAGGCAAAGGAGAUGUGCCAGCGAGCGCUAGAAGGCACAGAGAAGACCCUAGGCCCAGAUCAUACUGCUACUCUCCGCACAGUCCACGGCCUUGGCUUAGUCUGCUCUGAUCAAGUGAGGUUUAAGGAAGCAGAGGAGAUGUAUCAGCGAGCACUAGCGGGUUAUGAAAAGGCCCUAGGCCCAGAUCAUACAUCCACUCUUGACGCAGCCCACGGCCUUGGCCUAGUCUACUCUGAUCAAGGGAAGUUUAAGGAGGCUGAAGAAAUGUACCAGCGAGUACUGACAGGCAAAGAGCAGGCCCUGGAUCCAGGUUAUAACAGGACCCGGCGACUUGCAGAAAGGUUAAAUGCCUUGAAAAUCGCAAAUGGAAAGUAG